UGGGGCUGGGGCUGUGUGAGUGCAGGUGUGAGAGAGGUGUGGGAGAAAGUCAUGUGCCCUUGGUGAGGGGGAGAGAAUUCAUGGCUACAGGGCCCUGAUAUUGACCUAAGAGUGAGUCCAUUUCUGGUGGUGUCUGGAUCAUACAGUAAGGGGGAUUAUAGGCUAAUUUCCUGAAAAGAGGGGUGUUGUGGUGCUGCGUGCCAGUUCCAGAGCUUCGAUGUCAUGUAUGUGCACACAUGCCUGUCGCUGUUGAGCGAUGACACAAGAAUGAGCUAGCCUACAACAGUGUCACCUGGGCUUGAAUGUCUCUACUGGCCCGGGGAAGGGAGAAGGUGAGAGAAAUACGUUACAGAGGUGAUGAGUUACAGUUUUGGAAAAGAAGAAGAUUAGGAAAUAAAACCAUCCCUGUCACCCCAUAUGGGUGUUACCUUUGAAGUUGUGCCUCUGGGAAUGCAGCUGUGUGGGAGGCCUGUGGCUCAAAGAAUUAUGUGCAGCAGGCGGUGCACAGGGAUGGCCUCAGCAAAACGGAAUUCGGGUUGAAAGGCUGAGGGGUGAUGCCAUGACUCUGCUGUCUUUGAGGUACAGCCUGGGGGACUCCAAGAGUAUUGCCUGACAAGGCCGUUGUCAAAUCACUCACACUGUCCUUGUGGCCAACAUCUCUCCCUAAACUAUGUUGGUGGAAUCACUGUUACUGACAAGGGGCAGUGUGGCCUCCAUGUGAGUCCCAGAGCACAGGUGUCAUCUCUGUGCCCAUCUGCCCUAUUGCUGUGGGAAGACACAGUGUCAGGAGGAAUAUAAGGAGAGAAGUACUUGGAUGGGACAAAGGCCUGGUGUCUUCUCUAAUGUGGGGAGCAGAGGGAGCAGACGGAUGUGGUGGGUGGAGACGAUGACAGAAUUGGAAUUUUAGGAGAGAAGCUGAUCAUGGAAUGAACUCUCUCCAUUGUGACAGGAUAUGGACUUCGAGGACGUGGCCGUUGCCUUCUCUCAGGAGGAGUGGGGGCUCCUUGAUGAGCCUCAGAGACUUCUGUACUGCGAUGUGAUGCUGGAAGUGUUUGCGCUUGUCUCAUCUGUAGGUAAGACCUUCACAUUCUCCCAGUGUCCUGGGUUGAUGCCCACUUUUCUCUUUAUUCUCCAGAUGUAGCUUUCUCCCUCCCACAGUCAGACCACAGAAGAGGCUCUGCUCAUUCCCCACAUUCUUGUUAAAUGUGCUGUGGCAGCCAGUGGUGAGCUGUGUGGAGAGUCCAUCCAGUGGACCCCACGAACAUCCAUAACACAAGUUGCUUCAAAAAGUGCAGGAAGUGCCUGGGAGUCAGGAGUCUUGCAGACAGCUUCCUGGGUGCCACCUCGCACUCCCUCUUCACGGUGCAGUGAUGGUGUCCACCCAAUGGCUUCCACUUCUGCCCCUUCCACAGCUAAAGGCUCUUGUGACGGCCUGUGCCAGGGUUGUUGGCAUAAAACGGAUGAUGAGGAGGCCUGUUCUGAGCAGAGUGUAUCUGAACAAGGCAAGUCACUGGUCAGGGCUUCUGAGACAGAGCCAGCAACCCAGAGGACCGAUGUGUGUAAGCCGUGUUUGUCUGUGUUAAAAAACAUUCUGCAUGUGACUGAGUCACAAGCAGCAGACUUUGAGCAGAAAGCCCUUUUCAUUGAUGCAUGUGGAAGAUACUUCUCUUUUAAUGCAAACCCUCACCAGCAGCAGAGGGAAGCCAGUGGAGAGAAGCCCUGGAAAGAAGCUGUGGACAGGGCCUUGUCUGUGACCAGGUGCAGCUUCUACUUAUCAGAGGUGCCUUCAACUAGUAGGGAGGUUGGGGAAGACUUCCUAGCCAUCUCAGAGCUUCUCCAGCACCAGGCCCCUCUUGACACUCAGGAGCCACACAGUGGCAGUGAGAUUUCGCUGGAAUUUCUCAGUGGAGAAAGUUAUCACUUUUGGGAUAAAUGUGAAAAAUCUGAGAGCCACGACCAGAAGGUUGUUCAACAUCAGGCUGUCUCUUCAGGAGAAAAUAUGUACGAGUGUAACAAACGUGAGAAAGUUUUUAGCCGUAUCUUGAACCUCAAUCGACAUAAAAGCAUGUACGCUGAAGAAAGCCCGUAUGAGGAUAGCGACUGUGGGAAGGCCUUCAGUCAGCGCUCCAACCUCAGUCAACGCAAGAGGGUUCACACUGGGGAGAAGCCUUUUGUGUGCAGUGAUUGUGGGAAGGCCUUCAGUCAAAAGUGUGCCCUCAUUCAGCACCACAGAAUUCACACCGGGGAGAAGCCUUUUGAAUGUAGUGAUUGUGGGAUGGCCUUCAGACAAAAGUUUACCCUCAUUCAACACUACAGAAUUCAUACGGGGGAGAAGCCGUAUAAGUGCACUGUUUGUGGGAAGUCCUUCAGUCAAAGCUCAUACCUCAGCCUGCACAAGAGAACGCACACCGGUGAGAAGCCUUUUGUAUGCAGUUGUUGUGGGAAGUCCUUUAGUCAAAAGUGUACCCUCAUUCAACACCACAGGAUUCACACUGGGGAGAAGCCUUACGAGUGUCAUGAAUGCGGGAAAUCUUUUCGGAGCAACAGUCACCUCUAUUACCACAAGAGAGCUCACACCAGAGAAAAGCCAUACAAGUGUAGUGAGUGUGGGAAGUCCUUCAUGCUCAUCUCCACUCUGACGGAGCACCAGAGGAUUCACUCUGGAGAAAAGCCGUAUCAGUGCGGCAACUGUAGGAAGUCCUUCAGCCGAAGAUCGAAGCUCAUGGGCCACCUCAGAAUUCACACUGGAGAAAAGCCGUACGAGUGCAGUGAGUGUGGGGAAUGUUUCAGAUGGAAGCCUAGCCUGGAUAGACAUCUGAGAGUCCACACUGGAGAAAAGCCUUAAAUGUACAGGGGAUGUUUUAUCUUUCUCACACUACAACACUGAAGGAGACUCAGACCCAUCAGCCUGAGUAGAAACUCCUUUUAUUGGAACACACACUCUUCUCGAUUCCUCACAAAUUUGAGGUACAAGUGAGGCCCGAAGGAGUUGCAUUGCACUUGCCAAUGUGCCAAGAUCUCAUACGUGACUGAUGUCACUGCGAGUAUUUGUGGCUGAAACGACCUCCUCUACCCCCUGGCUCACCCAAACAGUGUGCGUCGGUCACCACCCCUGGUGCUCGGGGGAAAUGUAUUCCGUGUCCUCAUUUCUGCUGGAGGAAAUUAUGAUUGCUCCAAGUUCUUGGCAGGAUCUUCAUUCCUUACUCUCUGACGAGGGAAUGGACCCAACCCAGGGUUCAUCCAGAGCCCCCGUCCUCAGCUAAGAAGAGCCACCUCUCUCAGGGACAUUGUGGGUCUCACAUUUUGUUGUCACGAAUUGUUUCAGCUUCUAAUUCACCAACCUGCACACUGCUUGCUGUACACUGCUCUGGUCUGUGAUGUUAUGGUCACGGUGUUUUUGCUUUUGUACCUUUAAUUUUGUGGGUUCUUUUCACUGCCUGGGAUGAUUGGCAAGCACAGUUGUGACCUGUCAGCAUGUAGAGUUAACAGAUACGGUGGGGAUCCCAAACUGUCUGUGCUUCGGAAGGGACAGCAGAAAAUCACUGUUUGUCUAAUAUUGACUUAGUUUGCAUUACUGCCCAAGGCCUGGAAAUAAAGACCCCGUGACUUUGUGGUUCUA